AUGAAAGUGACUGUGUGCUUCGGACGUACGCGCGUGGUCGUGCCGUGCGGGGAUGGUAACAUUCACGUGCACGCGCUCGUCCAACAAGCCGUCAUGAGGUACAAAAAGGCCAUCGCCAAGGAUGCCAGCUACUGGCUGCAGGUGCAUCGCCUGGAGCACGGUGACGGCGGCAUCUUGGACCUGGAUGAUGUGUUGUGCGAUGUCGCGGAUGACAAAGACCGGUUGAUCGCCAUUUAUGAUGAGCAGGAGCCCCACCAUGGUGGCGACGGCACCAGCGCCAGUUCUACGGGCACCCAGAGCCCGGACCUGUUUGCUACAGUUGACCUUGGUACGAACAGCGGGACCUCUGCCUUCCAGCCCUACCAGGCUGCUAGCGAGAUCGAAGUCACGCCGUCUGCCCUGCGCACCAACAUGCCCCUGCACGUCCGCCGCAGCAGCGACCCCGCCUUGCUGCGUCUAAACGGCCCAUUCAGCGGUGCCGAUUCACGGGUCCAAGCAGAAGAACCGCCGUCACGGAAGAACCCGAGCCGAUGGUCCACCACUGCCGGCUUCCUAAAAGCCCGCCACAACUCGGGCACCAGUAGCCUGGAAAGAAAGAAUAAAGGCUUGGACACGUACCGCAGCUUGCCACGGGAUGCUGGAACGUGGGCCAAUCAGCGGGAGUUUCAGAGAGAGACUGCACGUUCGUCCCUCAGUGCUCAUCACCCAAUGGUGGACCGAUGGCUGGAGAGGCAGGAACAGGUAGAGCAAGAAAAUGGCCGCAUCGAACCGGUUGGCCGAGCAGACUCGUGCUUGGACCAAACAGCCAGAUCUCUCGAAGACAUAAUCAAAGUGGUGGAGGUGACAAAUGAUGGCGGCCCCCUGGGAAUCCACGUGGUGCCUUUCAGUGGCAGGGAUCGCAGGACUCUUGGCUUGUUGGUCAAGCGUCUGGAGCGAGGCGGCAAGGCCCAGCAGCAGGCCCUUUUCCAGGAGAACGACUGUAUCGUCAGAAUCAAUAACGGGGACCUGCGCAGCAUCCGCUUUGAACAAGCCCAGAACAUGUUCCGCCAGGCCAUGCGUUCUCCCGUCAUCAUGUUCCACGUGGUGCCAUCUUCGUUGAAAUCCCACUACGAGCAUCUGUCCCAGGCUGAGCGAAACCCGGCGUAUUCAUCGGGCCGCUUCAGCAGCGACCCAGUGUCUGGGGCCGCGGAUCUCGCGUCUCAAAGGAUGUCCCGUCACGGCUCUCAGAAGCACUCGCAUGCUCAAACGCAGCCUGAUCAGACGGACGGCUUCCCGCCCGUUGCUCACCCACCUGCCAUCUCGGCCGCCAAACCUCCCACCGGGCAGAUCCACUCGCCACAGAGGGCGCUGACAUCCACUCCAACACAAGGAUACAAGAAGGUCGGGAGGAGGCUCAACAUUCAGCUCAAGAAGGGGCCAGAAGGCUUGGGCUUCAGCAUCACGUCGCGUGACGUUCCCAUCGGGGGCUCAGCGCCCAUCUACGUUAAAAACAUCUUGCCUCGGGGUGCUGCCAUUCAAGAUGGACGCCUCAAGGCUGGGGACAGAUUACUUGAGGUGAAUGGCGUCGAUUUGAAUGGUCGCAGCCAGGAGGAGGUAGUGUCCAUCCUCAGAGCCACGCCAAUGGGGGGUACCGUGGGCCUGCUGGUUCUCCGCCAGGAAGACAACUUCCUCCCUCGAGAAGUGAAGCCAGAGGAGGAUGAGCUAGUGCUUACACCGGAUGGAACUCGCGAGUUUCUGACUUUCGAGAUUCCGCUCAGUGACUCAGGCUCAGCUGGCCUGGGCGUCAGCGUCAAGGGGAACCGGUCCAAAGAGAACCACGCCGACCUCGGCAUCUUCGUUAAAUCCAUCAUCAACGGAGGGGCCGCGUGCAAGGAUGGGCGCCUGCACGUGAACGACCAGCUGAUCGCCGUUAACAGCGAGUCACUGCUGGGCAAAACCAACCAGGACGCCAUGGAGACGCUGCGCAAGUCAAUGUCUACUGAAGGAAACAAGCGUGGCAUGAUCCAACUUAUCGUGGCCAGACGCCAUAGCAAGAGGAGCCAGGGGGAAGCACCAGGGGGUCCACUAGGACCUCAGCAGAGCUCAACGUCUUUGUCUCUGGAUGAGCACGAGCGUCGUAUCUCCCACUCCUUGUAUGGUGCACUGGAGGAUCUGGAUGAUAACCUGAUGCCUCGACAUGGCGUGAUGCCUCGCACAGUUGGCAACUACCAGCUUUCCCCGACCGUCAACAUGCCGCAGGAUGACACGGUAAUCAUUGAGGAUGACGGGCCACCGGUCCUCCCUCCUCACAUGUCUGACCAGUCGUCAUCCAGCUCCCACGACGACGUAGGAGGAAGCAGUGGCUUCAACGCCAACGUAACGCCGUCCUGGGCUCAAGAGAUGCCUUCUCCCAAGGACAGUUCACAGACACCGGAAGAAAUCAAUGCCGCUGACGCUGCCUUCCAGCGGGAAGGUUUUGGCCGACAGAGCAUGUCAGAGAAGCGCACCAAGCAGUUUGGAGAUGCCUCACAGCUGGAGAUCAUCAAGACGCGCAAGUCCAAGAGCAUGGACCUAGGUUCGUCCACAAAGGAUGUGGGUCCAUCCUUGGGGCUGAAGAAGUCGAGCUCUCUUGAGAGUCUCCAGACAGCGGUUGCCGAGGUGACGCUCAACGGCGACCUUCCUUUCCACCGGCCUCGUCCUCGCAUCAUCCGAGGCCGCGGCUGCAACGAAAGCUUCCGUGCCGCCAUCGACAAGUCAUACGACCGGCCACCUGCCGCCGAGGACGAUGAUGAGGGCAUGGAGACGUUGGAGGAGGACACCGAAGAGAGUUCUCGCUCGGGUCGAGAUUCUGUGUCCACUGUGGCCGAGCUGACACCGCUGUCGCCGGGUGGAGAAAAGACGACGAUGGUCAACGGCAAUGCAAGAGCCAAAGAUGACAAGAAAAAGGACAAAGGUGGCAAGGACAAGAAGAAGCCAGAUGUGCAGAAAGACAAAGAAAAAGAGAAGGAUAAGGGAAAAGCAAAAAAGGGAAUGCUCAAAGGGCUCGGAGACAUGUUCAGGUUCGGGAAGCACCGAAAGGAUGACAGGAUUGACCGCAAAGGUUCUAGCAAAUGGCGGCCAGAGGAGAUGCAAGUUUCUGACGAGGAGACGCUCAAGAUGAGGAUGGAGCAAGAAAGGAUCCAGGCCAAAACCCGAGAACUGCGUGAGCGUCAGGCGCGGGAGCGAGAUUACGCUGAGAUCCUGGACUUGAGCCGCUCGGGGGAGAGGUCUUCGGAGGAUGAGCACCUGUACGCCGGCAUCAGCCCGCUCAACAACGGCGGGCACAGCAGCCCCCGCAGUGACCUUGACCACUACCCCCGCUUACAGCACCAUCACGUACACCAGCACUCGGAUUCCCACUACACACAAAGGGAGGGAGGGAGGGAGGGAGCGAAAUCCACUAGCAACCGUGUUGCCCCGAGCAACCACGACCGGAUACAGCGUCUAAGGCAGGAGUUCCAGCAGGCUCAGAACCUUCCGGACGAUGGCAGCGACACGGACGAGCGAAGACGCGCGUUGAGCUUCGAGCAGCCCUGGUCCAACGGCCCCGGCACAUCGACGGCAGUUGGGCAGCAACCGGGUCGUCACUCGGUGUCUGUGGAGGUCCAGAUGCAGCGUCAGAGGCAGGAAGAUUCCUUUGCUCAAGCUCAGCGGCAAUACAGCUCUCUGCCUCGGCAACCCCGUAAGAAUCCCGUCUCAAUCAAUCACGACCCUUGGGAGAAGUCGUACCAGAGUGGCGAGGUUUUCCGGACGGCCAAGGAUAAUCCUCGCUAUUCCAGCUACCAGGGUUCCCGCAACGGCCUCCCCGGCGUGACAGGCGUCAACGCCAGAGUCCUGCUGGAGGCGCAGGAGCUCCUCCGGCAAGAGCAGAGGCGGCGAGAGAUGGAGGCCAAGGACCGGGCCUCGCCACUAGCAUCGCCGCUGGCGUCACCCAAGGGCCCGUAUCGCCACGACGUGCCGCCGUCGCCCUCGCAGCUGGCCAGACUCAAUCGCGUCGGCUCGGAGAAAGGUCGACUCUUUUAUUCCUGA